AGUCGUCAAACACACAUUGUAUUUCAACAUGAUACAAUAGCUAUUACUUUACAUAGUUGGUUUCUACUGGUGGUGUGAGUAUCCGCAGAGACACAGUCGUGAAAGGUCGGAGUGACCUAUGCUAUCCCAGUAUUUACAAAUAGUUUGGCUCUGCAGGUAGAACAAGAGCUGGCUACCACUUGCAUUCCGUUGAUUCCGUUACAGUUGACAGCGCAACUCUCACCUCACAAGACACUUACAUUCAUAUUCUUUCUAUGUGGGCCAGCAGGAGCCUGCUUCGGAGAAUUAUUUCGGAGAUUAUCCAUAAUGUACCGAAAGGCCUCACACAGCCUGCUCGACGGACAAUUUACACAAUGGAGGAGCAAGGGUGACUAUCUGACCUCUGUGCCUGCCUUAACUGUUGGCGAGUUUGGAGCAAACAAUCACACUUUCCAUGAUCAAAAUAUCCAAAGCCAUUUCCAACUCCCUUCCCACUGAGCCACAUGUCCAUCUUACAUGGCACAUCAUCGGCCAGAAUCCAAGUCCCCACCGAGACUUCAAGAAGACGGGGCUCUUGCAGAGUCAAAGUCUCCUCAAAGGCCAGGUCACAUAUCUCAGCCAGGUAACCAACCUCGGCCAGGUCACCGAUCUAGGCCAAAAUCCAAGUUCCAACUGUGUCAAGUAGAAGAAAACAUGCUCAAGAUGACAUUCACACAGCAUCAAAGAGAGCAUAGAGACUCCAGUGACACACAGUCUAGAGGGUGUGCAAGAACACACAACACAGAGAGAAUAAGCAGGACACCCAGACGAGCGACACCAACACCAUCACAACGACCUGCGCCAGCUGAGUUUGACCUUCACGCUGCCUGCUGGGCUGGGAACAUGGCGGUGGUGAAGCGCAUCAUGUCCCAGGGUCAGUCUGAUAUCGAUGGUAUAGGGGGACUGUGGAGGACGACACCGGUGAUGGCGGCAGCAUGGCAUGGGCAUGUAGAUGUGGUGAAGCUCCUUGUGACUGAAGGAGCUAAUGUGUCACUGGAGGACUCUGCAGGUGACAACAUCCUUCACUAUGCCUGUUAUUCAGGACUUGUGGAGUUGGUGAAAUUUGUUCUCUCAGAGAAGAUGGCUGACGUCAACAGUAGGGGAGAGGGUUACAGGACACCAGUGAUGGCGGCCGCCUGGUAUGGACACAGAGAAGUAGUUGAGUUACUUAUACGUGAAGGUGCUGAUGUGUCACUAGUGGACAGUGACAGUGACAACAUCCUUCACUGGGCCUGUGAGGGAGGAGAUGUCGAGAUGGUGAAAUUUGUCCUCUCACAAGAAAUGGCAGACAUCAAUAGUAGAGGAAAGGAGAGCAGGACACCGGUAAUGGAGGCUUCACUAUAUAAACGAAGAGAAGUGGUGGAGUUACUGGUGCGUGCAGGCGCUGUAAUGACGCUAGUGGAUGAUGCUGGUAACAGCAUCCUUCACUUGGCUUGUGAGGGAAAAGAUGAGGAGACGGUAAAGUUUGUCCUGUCAUUGAAUGUGGUGGACAUCAACGCAAGGAACAAGAAGGGUCAGAAUGUUGCCGACGUGGCGAGAGACAAGGAACAUCAGGAAAUGGUGCAUCUCCUGGUGUCCCAUGGCGCUCAAUGAAGUCAGUGUAUUGUUUGUGUUGACAAAGAAGGAUAACAUGUUGUUACAGACAGAGAAGUGGUCUUUGCCAUUCAAGUUGUAUAUUUCAGGUUCAAUGUGAGACUGUCUGUUUUGUUCGAGGAAACUUUUGAGACAUUUUUGCAUAAUCAGGUUGGAAAAUUGUUAAUUGAUUAAAAUUAUUGAUGAUGUGGGAUUAGUAUAUAAAUACUUCAUCUCGGAA